GGGGCCAGGCGACGGGCGGACUUCGGCCAGUGCUCGGUUAGAGGCUCUACACCCGGGCGUCUGCUGUGCGCAGCGCUGAGCCGGGGACACCCGUCAGUCGAGCACGAGCCCGAGUCCCAGUGACACAGGUCAAGGUCGAACACAGCACACUGCAGUAUGUCUGAUGACGAGGGCGACACGUCCUCUCCGGAGCACCCUCGGCAGCUGGUGCCGGCCCUGCUGCAGCAGUUCUACACCCUCGGCUGGGUUACCGGCACCGGCGGCGGCAUCUCGAUCCGCCGCGGCGAGCACAUCUACAUCGCCCCUUCGGGCGUGCAGAAGGAGCGAGUACAGCCCGAUCAGCUGUUCGUGCAGACCGUGGACGGACGCGAUGUGUUCGUGCCGGAGGGCCAGCUGAAGCGCAGCGCGUGCACGCCGCUCUUCAUGCUGGCGUACCGUCUGCGCGGCGCCGGCGCGGUCAUCCACACCCACUCACAGGCGGCGGUGCUGGCCACCCUGCUGUGGUCUGGCCCGGAGUUCCGCGCCACGCACCUCGAGAUGAUCAAGGGCGUGUGGAACGACCAGCUGGACCGCUGUCUGCGCUACGACGAGCAGCUUGUGGUGCCGAUCAUCGAGAACACGCCGCGAGAGGAGGAGCUGGAGGACUCCCUGGAGGAGGCCAUCAGACGCUACCCCGGCUCGCCGGCGGUGCUCGUGCGGCGGCACGGCGUCUACGUCUGGGGAAGCACCUGGCAGCGGGCCAAGACCGUCUGCGAGUGUCUCGACUACCUGUUUCAGGUGGCAGUGGAGAUGCGCCGGUUGGGUUUGGAUCCGACCCAGCCGCCGGCCACGGCCCAGUGACCCGCGGGGACCCCCGCACCGGUCACCGGUCAGCGGGACCAAACUGACAGACCAGUGCGCUGUGUUCACUGCGGCAGACGUAUCCGCGAGGGAUCCGCGUGCCCUCCUGCAUCAUGCUGGACAGAGUGGAACGCUCCGUGAGCUGUAACAACUGUAACAACAAUGUAACAACUGUUGUGUACCUAUCAGGAUGUAGUGAAAACUCUGCCUCGACUGUUUCCACUCCUUCAGGCUUCAGCUCAAGUUCUCACGUUGACUGAAAUGAUUGAUGACCGGUAUCCGGAGUCCGAACCAAAUUCUGAGCUCUACUACCUUCAGCAUUUGCAUUUGUCUAAUUAAGUGCCUGAUCUGGGCUGCCGGUAGCUCGGGCCAUGAUUGGAAGUUGGAACCGUAACCGUAUCUACGGGCACCUUUUCAAGCUUGAUCAAUAUAUGUAUUCAUGAAGCAAU